AUGAACAAUCGGUGGGGCCGUUCACGACCAAUUCGUAAUCCUGAAGUAAAUGGAAUUGCCGCAAGUUCAGAGUAUUUUCCAAAACCUAUACAUUUUGAUGAAUCUCAAGACCGUUACAGAUGCUUAUGUAACUGUUUUCAUAUCAAAAACGGAGCACUACUAGUUGGAGUAGUUGAAAUACUAGUGUUGUUGUUCUUCUUGAUUAAUUCGUUGUUGCUGAUGUUAACACAUGACACGCGGUACCAAGAGUCAGCAGGUCUAGACGACACAUAUAUUACUGUACCGUUUGUAGCAUCUGUUGUUGGGAUAGCAGUUAGUUCAGUUGUCGUAUUUCUACUAUUUAUUGGAAUUGUUAGGAAUCAUGCAAUACUUCUGAUACCUCAUAUAGUCGUUCAGGUUAUAAAAGUUUUUUUGGCAUUUAUGACAGAUCUGACUGUCUUUUAUCGAAUGAUGAAUGCUGCACCGUUUCAUGAACAUCCCGGAUCAAACACUGUUGCACUGGAUAUUGAAACAGCAGCAAGAUUUUAUCUGUUGUUCUUCCUCUACGUGGUUUCAUUUUUUUUAGAGUGUUGGUUCCUAAUUGUGAUAUUCAAUUGUUAUCGGUAUUUGGAUGAACGACGGGCAUACAUGCGAUACUGUCUAGCCUACAGUACACCACUAAAGACACUAUCCGCGAGGUAA